GUGGUCUUAUUACGUUAGGCUGCAUAUGCAUGAAUCCCAUUGCGUCGGGUUACUUAAAACUGCAGAACUCGAAAUGGAGAUGACAUUCGCCAUUUAGCGCAUCGUGUACCCAUGCUACCAAUAAUCACCGACUGAAGCCACGCCACCUGCAUCGUCGUUCACGUGAGAGUUGACGAAAAGUUUUCAGUGUCAGGUUCUGGCCCAACAGCAAUCAAGCCGCUAUAUCCAGCCUGCGAAUGAAUGCAUCGGAAUUGGCAAGAGCACAUCACUGAUAUUGACUUGGAUUCAGUACAGGACUUCAGUCAUAAGAGUCGUCGACAAAUACGUACACGGCUAAAUCCGCGAAUCCUGAUUGAUGCAAACAUACACUUUCACAUCGACAGCUUCGACUCCGUGAGGCCACCUUCACGGCUUCUAACCGAGAAGCUGUCAAGGGGCAACGAGGACAUCGCGAGACAGCAUGAACGAACAUAAUUGUCAAUUCUAUGUGCUGAUUUCGAGUUGAUAUUCACUGUAUACAUAAACAAGCACGAAGAAGGAUCGUUGUGCGCAUUGUUAGCAAUGUUCGCGUUAAUUGACAAGUACUCCUCAAUUUGAGCCAUAUAAUUAACGAC